AUGAAGCAGACAGACAAGAAAUCAACAACAAAUAAUCAACCAAAACGUUCUGUAAGAUCCCAAAUCAGAGAGAAUAAGGCAAACCAACCACCAAGAACAAAAAACACAGAUACAAAACCUUUGCCUGUAAAACAACCAGACAUAAACAUGGAGUCUGAAGAAGCAUCUCAAAAUCCCAAACAAAACAUCAUAAACUUAGAGAAAGAACGAGAUGAAUCAGACUCUGAAACAGUCACUGAUUCUGUAUCCACCACAAGUGGGGAUGAAAAACUAGAAACCAUUCCAAUAGUCUCACAAAAGCCUCCUGAAAACAAAACAAUAUCAUCAUCAACUAAAAGAGCACCUUCUUCAAAUGGCAUAAAAGAUUCAAAAGGGGGUGUGAAAGUUCAUCCAAAGCUAUCAUCUGCACCUUCAUCAGUGUCAUCGGAAGGAAUAGAUGAUCAAACGUGUGAAGAUCCAAAGGAAGUGAAUGAAACGAAAGAGAAUUUUGAUGAAAAGAUUGAAGAAAUGGAAAUGAGAAUUGAGAAACUUGAAGAGGAGUUAAGAGAAGUUGCUGCUCUUGAAAUUUCUUUAUAUUCUGUAGUACCAGAGCAUGGUAGCUCAGCCCAUAAAGUCCACACACCUGCACGCCGACUUUCCAGGCUUUAUAUUCAUGCAGCCAAACACUACUCUCAAGGAAAACGCUCCACCAUUGCUAAGAACACUGCUUCAGGGCUUGUUUUGAUAGCAAAAUCUUGUGGCAAUGAUGUUCCAAGGUUGACUUUCUGGUGGUCAAACGCGGUUGUGUUGAGGGAAAUAAUAACACAAGCUUUUGGUAGUUCAUGUCAAUCAAGUUAUAAAAAGGAAGGUUCUAGUUCUACCCCUUCACCACUACCAUGGAAGGCUAAUUCUGGAAGUAAAGAAAUCAAUAAACCUGAUUUUAUGGAUUUCAUUGAUGAUUGGGAAGAAACAAGAAGUUUCACAUCUGCACUUGAGAAAGUCGAGUCAUGGAUCUUUUCAAGAAUUGUUGAGUCUAUUUGGUGGCAGACAUUGACUCCUAAUAUGCAAUCUCUAGCAGCUGAUACAAAUAGGAAUAAAUGUAAUGGGAAUUUGGGAAACCAACAACAGGGAAACUUUUCCAUUAAUUUAUGGAGGAUUGCUUUCCAUGAUGCUUUCAAGAGACUUUGUCCUGUUCGUGCAGGUGGCCAUGAAUGUGGUUGUCUGCCUGUUUUGGCAAGAAUGGUAAUGGAACAAUGUGUUGCUAGACUUGAUGUAGCCAUGUUUAAUGCUAUUCUUCGUGAAUCAGUCCAUGAAAUCCCAACUGAUCCUGUGUCAGAUCCUAUCGUUGAACCAAGGGUUUUGCCUAUUCCAGCUGGGGAUUUGAAUUUUGGUUCUGGGGCACAACUCAAGAACGCGGUUGGGAAUUGGUCUAGAUGGCUUUCUGAUUGGUUUGGGAUGGACACUGACGAUGAGCAUGGUGAAGAUGAUGGUGAACUCAAAUGUUUUCAUCUGUUGAAUGCAUUAAGUGAUCUUUUAAUGCUACCUAAAGACAUGCUUAUGGAUAGAUCAGUUAGAACCGAGGUAUGCCCAUCAAUAAGUCUUCCAUUGCUUAAACGGAUUCUCUGCAACUUCACUCCAGACGAAUUCUGUCCAGAUUCAGUUCCUGGUGCUGUUUUGGAAGCAGUAAAUGCUGAGUCCAUUAUAGAGCGGAGAUUAUCAGGAGACGAUUCAAGCAGCUUCCCAUACGCAGCGGCUCCGGUCAAAUACAAACCGCCUUCCACCACCGCUAUCUCUCAGAAGGUGUCGGAAGCCGGUGGAAAAUCUCAACUGAGUAGAAAUGCAUCUGUGGUUCAAAGAAAAGGUUAUACAAGUGAUGAGGAACUACAAGAACUCGAUUCACCACUCAGUUCGAUUAUCGAUAAACUACCUUCAUCACAAACUAAUGGAAACGGUCAACAUACAAACCAAACAUCUCGUGUUGCAGUCAACUCACGUUAUGAACUUCUUCGUGAAGUCUGGUUAUCGUAACCACUUCCAAAAAAAGUCAUUUUAGUUUUUUUGUUUUGUAUGUUUAGAACAAUGGGGUCAAUGUGAUCAUAUAAUAUAAUGUAUACCAUAUAAUAAAUAAUGUUUUUCCACUCAAUGUAAGAUUUGGAGGGCAUGCGAGUGUACAUUUUUCGGUUGUGAUGUUAUGUGUUUGUGAUCAUGUAAUGAAAUUGGACAAGAAUAAGGUGAUGAGAUAUUGAGAUAGAAACUUUAUUCAUGAUCCCAGAACAAAAGCACAAAAGGAUUUUAUUAUCCCCAAUAAAGAGAAUAGAAGAGAAGAGAUAGAAACUAUCUAUCUUGUUGCAUUUACUCGAGCUUGAUUUCUCUAGUUGGUGGUGCUAAUUGCAAAUAGUAAAAUGGUUCAGUGAGGAGCAAAUUCACAAAUUCAUCGAGGCAACAGCAAUGACAGAUUUGCAGACAAAUUAAAGAAAGGAGAAGUAAGGAAAAUUAGAAACUAACUUGGACAACAUCUUCAAUGCGAUCGUUGCAUCUGUGAGCCUUGGGUUGUCGGGUGUCUCCGUCGGGUAAUCCCCACGGACUCUCCCUCCGAGGAACUUCUCUCCCAC